UGAGGAAUGGGGUGCUAUGUCUCGGUGGAACGCCGUCGAAAAAAAAAUAUGUACGGACUACUAUGGUAGUCUUGGAGACUAGGUCUAUUGCCCAUGAGAGAUUAUAAUAUAUAAACAUGGCUGCUUGAGAUAAUUCCAACAGGAGGAUUCCGUUGAUUCUCCAGAUCCUUUACCAAAGAAGAAAUCGCCCAACGCCAGGUUCGAACAUAAGUAAGGUACCUACUACCUAAGCCAUUGUGCCCUAUAUACCACAUCUAUCCCCCUAUAGCACCGAGAUACAGAGAAGCCCCGCCCACGAUGUACUCCUCCAGCAUGAUCUACCUCCUCAACGCAAUCGCCAGUCUUCCCCUAGUCGCCCUCGCCAACGCCGGACCUACCCAGGCCCUUGUCCUCGCCGAACGCCAAUACCAGAACAAGUGCUGUCUUCCAGGCUGUCUCCAGUGCAGCAUCGAUUAUUGCCAAGAGGAGCCUUGCUCCGGAGUUUACAACAGCUGUUGUGCCGAGGGCCGUCGCGAGGUAGGCGAGGAUGGAGAGAUUCAGAUCUUCAACGUCAAUGGUGAAAAGAUGGAGUUUGUCAAGUAGUUUGCGUAGCGGAGGAACGCUUCCGGCACUUGUAGACAUGCAAGGGAAAGAGAGCUUAGGAUGAAGUACAAAAAGUAUAGUGUGCUACAUAUCCACAAUAUGUGCAUCUAGCAUAUGAUCUAUAAUAGCCUGUGGUACUCUGUUGUUGCUUUCUUGAAGAGGUUUAUUGACAGGUAACAGGUAACUACUAAACAUUACUUAUUGGUUGUAGCCUUCAACUUGUCUACAAAAGACUCUUUACGUAAAACCUUAGUUAUCUGAACUUAGGGUCUAUAGUAUUCACAGAGUCUAUUAGUAGCAGCAGCAGCUAUAUUAAGAUGAC